AUGGCUGCCCUGCGCAGGCUGCUACAGUCGCUCGCUAACAGGUCUAAGUCAGGGACGUUCACGGCGCGGAAACAGCAAACAGCGUCGAAGGCGACAAGAGCGCUGAAAGUUAUCGCCGGCGGAGGGUGUAUCACCGCCGCGGCCGGCGCUGCUUAUUUCUGCCGGACGCCUGUCGACAGGCGCCGCGAACUGAGGAGCCACGUCGAGGCUCGACUCUUUCAUCUGGCGCUGCCAUCAGUUUCUGCCUCCGACAAGGCCAAGACCUAUGGCCUGGAUGAUGGAGACGUGUACAUGUCGUCUUAUGAAAACAGAUUUCGCCUGUUCAGUACGGUGGAGCACGAGGGCCAGCUCUACAUGACGCCACUCAACUUCAUCGAGUCCAUCAGUUUGAAUGAACCCAAGAGUAGGAGAGCUCGGAAGUCCCUGACAAAAAAGGAAUUAGACAAGAUGCUGUCUGAUACCCCGCCUGUUUGGAAAGGAUCAUCUAAUUUGUUUAGAAAUCUUCGUGAACGAGGUGUCAUCAGUUACACAGAGUAUCUCUUCCUGCUCUGCAUUUUAACAAAGCCCCAUGCAGGCUUCAGGAUUGCUUUCAACAUGUUUGAUGCAGAUGGGAAUGAAAUGGUGGACAAAAGGGAGUUCUUAGUGCUGGAAGAAAUUUUCCGUAAGAAAAAGGACAGAAAGGAAGUUGCUGAUGAUGUGCAAAGAUUUGACCUGCAGAGCCUGCAGCUGUACGGUCAUAACAAAUCCCAGCCGCACAGUGUUCUUAAAAAAGAUAGUCAGCAUGUGGAGGCCCGCGGCAUGUGGGACGUUCUCAGACGUGGCACAAGUCAAGUUCUGUUUUCUGAUCUCGCUGAGCACGUGGAUGAGAGAACAGAGACAACCCUGCUGGUGCAUUUCUUUGGGAAAAAAGGCAAAGCUGAGUUGAAGUUUGAAGAUUUUUACAAGUUCAUGGACAACCUGCAGACAGAGGUGCUUGAGAUAGAGUUCCUCUCCUACUCCAAAGGCCUGCCCACCAUCAGCGAGGAAGACUUUGCACAGAUCCUCCUUCGCUACACCAGCGUGGACGACGUCAGCGGGUAUUUGGAGAACGUGCGCCACAGCAUGCCGGACGAAAAGGGAAUCACCUUUGAGGAGUUCAGGUCCUUCUUCCAGUUCCUUAACAACCUGGAGGACUUUACCAUUGCCAUGCAAAUGUACAACUUCGCCAACCGCUCCAUUGGCCAAGAGGAGUUUACCCGUGCCGUCUACGUGGCUACAGACAUCAAGCUGACCCGCCACUUGGUCAACACAGUCUUCAAGAUCUUCGACGAGGAUCACGACGAUAAACUCAGCCACAAGGAGUUUAUCGGUGUCAUGAAGGACCGGCUGCACCGCGGCGGUGGGGGUGUCAGAGUGGAGGAGAAGUUCACCUCUUUUAAGUCCUGCAUGAAGAAGGAGCUGUCAGGGAAAUAGGUGAAAUCCCAUCAUCAGUGCAUGUUUUACAAACUGGACGAGCUGUGCCUCCGCGGUGCUCUCUACAGGACAGAAGGGUUCAUGCAUGUUGCAGCGUCUUAUUGCACUGUGUCAGAAGUUUUCAAAUAAACACAAACAGGAUGUGGUCAGCCUAAUGGGAAGCUGUUGCAAGUGGUCAGACAAACAUGAAUGACCUAGCAAGAAAUUACAUGUACUCAGUGUUGCAGGACUCUAAAUUUGACUAACUUGUCUAACUGCUUCUGCUGCUCAGAAGAUAUUGAACUAUUGAUUCACCUAAUUGUAAAUAUAUUUAUCACUUUAUGAUUGCUAACUACCUGAUUUUAUUUAUUCAUCUAAAAGUCCAUUGUUGUCUUAUUGCUGCUCUCCCUGUGUGUAUCCUUCCAUUUGAUUCUCCUUUUUGUCCUGAGCCUGUUUCUGUACGGCAGCAUUAUUGCUUUCAUACUUUGUCCUUCUAUUGGCUCUGCAGCCCCCUGCACAGAUCAGCUUAGAACAGCACCUCCCCUCCUUCCGAUCCUCCUCCCUGUCCUCCUCCUCCUCUCUCCCAAAGCGCUGCAGCUAAAAUCCUCCAGGAUCCCUCAGAGCCAGCAGGCCUGAACAAACUCACUCAGUCUGUGUCUUUUUCACUGUUUAACUACAGGCAGCUAGCAGUGUUAAUCAUUUCUUGGCUAGUAAAGACAAGUGUUAUUUUAAUGCCACUGGCAGGGAAGACCUCUUUAAACAUAAAUAUGCAGAAUAUUGAAGCCAUAUGUUUGUUCCACUCUUGGGACACUCAGCUUGAAUUAUUGUUGGUUUUAGAGGAGCAAUAUAUUAAAAUGACUGUCCCUUUAGGCUCCGUGAGGAAGACUUUACACUAUAUCUUCUUUAUAGAAAUCCUCUCUUGUCCUACUGUACUCUAUGUUACUGAGGAAUUCUACAUGAAUGUUGUUCCUGCUAUAAUGUUUGCUUUGGGUGGAGUUCUGUACUGCAAAAAGAAUGACUGAAGAUCAACAUGUUACAUGCUGCACCACACUAAUGGAUUUGUAUUUCAGACUACUUUCUGUUUUGGUGUUGGAUGUUUGAUUUAGUUAGACUACCUCUUAAAGAGUUUAAGCAACUUCCGGCCAUAUAUUCUUUCAAGUCAGGCCUUGACUGUUACACUGAUGUUACG